UUCCAGUCGCUACAAUACAAGGUUGUGAGUCGAUCGAUCGAUGACGUGAUCAUCUCGACCUUGGCGGCUUUCCAAGCGCUCUGCUCAAAAAAGCUCUGGAACGUGUUCCUCUCCUUCCAGGCCGUCAUGCGCCUUGUGCUGGAGCACAAUGGUGACAACCACUUUCGCUUACCUCAUCUGAAGAUGGACACUAUGCGACGCGCCGGGACCCUAAUGGCAAAUGUGAACUGCCAUGUGUCCAUUUUGGACUAA